UGCCGAGACCGAAAAGCAGCCGACACACAGCGGUAGUAGCAAUUAUGGCAGACUAUCAUCCAAACACACUUCCUGCAAAGAGAGAUAGAUAUGAUGGAGUGAUAAUUGAUAUAAACAAGCAAACAUAUGAAACUGAAGAGGAGUUUGAGAAAAAAUUAGUCAAUUCUUUGUGUAGUUGGUCAAAGGAGGCUGUUAGGGGUGUGUGGGUGAAAAUACCCCUAGACAUGGCAGCACUGGUGCCAAUAUGUGCAAAGCAUAAAUUUGUGUACAACCAUGCUAAACCUUCUUAUGUCAUGAUGACUAGGUGGCUACCUCAAGAUGAAGAAAACUGCAUUCCACCAUAUGCAAACCAGUAUUUAGGUUGUGCUGGGUUUGUUGUAAACUCUGAAAAGAAAUUACUGGUAAUACAGGAAAAGUACCAUGUUCAAAAAACAUGGAAGUUACCUGGUGGAAUGGCUGAUACAGGUGAAGACAUUGGUGAAGCAGCAGAGAGGGAAGUGUUUGAAGAAACUGGGGUACGCUGUAAAUUUCAGUCAAUAAUUUGUUUCCGUCAUCAACACAAGUUUCGUCAUGGAUUGGAUGACUUCUACUUUAUCUGCCUAAUGGUGCCUUUGUCAAAGGAAAUAACCAAGUGUGACAGGGAAAUUUCUGCCUGCUGUUGGAUGGAUUUAGAUGAAUAUAUCAACCAUCCAGAUGUAAGCCAUACCAACAAAAGGUUUGCCCAAUGCUACCUAGAUAUGAUAGACAGGAAAGAAAAGCUAUCAAUACAACCAACUGUUGUUCCACAUUUCUCAGGAACCAAGAAUGACUUGCUUUAUAAUAUGCUACCGUUUCCUGACACUAGUAGUAGCAGUAGUAGUAGCCAAGAACAAAAAUAGUGAAGAAAAGAGGCGAAGGGAGAGGUGCAGGCCAACUUCAGAGUAUGUUCAUGUACCACCAGCCAUUUCCAUGCAUUUAAAAACAUUUUAUGAAGGCAUGUAUUCAGAAAAGCUUAUUGAAGCAUAUUCUCAUUGAAAUAAUAUCUAUAUUUAGGUCAAGUCAUAUUAGCACAACUGCAUUGUAUUUUAAACAUAUUUCCCUACUCCAAAAUUACUGGGAUGUCAUUUUUAUCUCAAAUAACUUUGUGUUCCACUUUCCUGGUAUCAAGUCAGCUGUGUGAUUGGGAAGAUGUUGCACUGCAGUAGGAAAGUAUAUCCUAAACUGAUGAGAAAAGCGAUUUUUUGUAUUCAGAUCAUUUAGAAAAAGAAAAUUUGGUAACUUCUUGGCUUCUCACUCCUCAAGCCAGUCAGAUUUUAGCAUCUUUUACAUAAAAAUCAUUUUCUAAUCAGUGUAUAUAAUGUACUGGCAAGGAUAUGGACUUGUAUAGUACAUUCAUACCCAUACUAAUUGUCUUAUUUCAGGCAGUGCCUUACCUGUUAAAAAGGAGUUACAUGGGUUGGAAUUACAAUCAGGCAGCCAAGUAAUUAUCAUUAUUUAAACAUACUAUUAAGUAACAUUUUAAGGUGACAUUAUACAUUAUGCAAUUUUAUGUAUAUUUAUGUGAAUUAUGAGUUUAGAUUUUGCAUUUUUUUGACAAUUUCAAUAUUUUAAAGAUAUAUUAUACAAUAAGUGACUUUGACUGAGGCCAUUAUGUUGUUUUGCUGACCUCAGAAAAGUGAUAUCGACCAAGGUGCUUUCCUGGAAAGUACUGGGCAUGAUGAUGUGUUGCAUUUUUUGAGGAACUUGACAAACCAGGUCACAGAACAUUUCAGAAUGUCUGAAAAGUAAACCAAUACAAUAUAAGGUGAAUGUCAAUUAUAAUAUUAUAUAAUAAUGUAUAAUAAUUUUUAAAAGCAAUACACUGAAAAGAUAUUUGAAGUUGUGAUUCUAAUAUUAAAGCAUUAAAUAUAUUUACUUGUAACAUUUUUCAGGGAAAUGAAUGAAUAAAAUAAUUGUGUACUUUGUAUGCCUUGCAUUCUUGUUGUGUUACCCACAUUUGUAUGUUGGUGCUAAAUGCUUAGACCCAGAAGUAUUGCAAAAUAGCCAAAUAUUCUUUCAAAGGAAGAAAAUAAAGGGAAAAUUUGUGUUAUUUUCUGUAUUCAA